UCAUUUUCACAGUCUUCUCUUUCUCUCUCUAAGUCAUCUUCCUCAAAGCGAACAACUUUAUGCUCAAACAACAACAUUCCGGUUCAAUCUCACCUGCCCCAACGCUGAUCUCCGGCGAUAAUUGCUCGAUCUUUCUGGGUUUUCUUCCUUUUUCACCAUUCUUGAUUUUAAGCCAUCUUUAGAAGUUAGAACAGUGGCUUUUCAAAAUGGAGAAUGGUAAACCAGUGAAGAAGAAACAAUGGCUUGUCCCUCUUUUGUUUUCACUUUUUAUAUCAACUAUUCUAGUCGUUUUCUCUAUUUUCACUUCAUACCCAUUUCCUGUCUCGCCCAAAAUUAGACAAAUUCCACCGCCGUUGUUUGUUGAAUCGAAGUUACAUAUAUCACCGACUCAAUCUAAUAAAAUUCCAAGAUUAGCUUAUUUGAUCUCAGGUUCUAAAGGAGAUGGUGAGAGUUUGAAGAGAACUUUGAAAGCUUUGUAUCAUCCAUUGAAUCAGUAUGUUGUUCAUUUAGACCUUGAAUCUUCACCGGAAGAGAGACUUGAACUUGCUAAGUUUGUUCAAAACGAUCCUCUGUUUCGUAAAAUUGGAAAUGUUAGGUCGGUACCCAGAUCCAAUUUGGUUACUUACAGAGGACCGACAAUGGUUAGUAAUACUCUUCACGCGGCGGCGAUUCUUUUAAAGGAAGGUGGAGAUUGGGAUUGGUUUAUUAAUUUGAGUGCUUCUGAUUAUCCAUUGGUCACACAAGAUGACAUGCUUCAUACUUUAUCUACAAUCCCAAGAGACCUUAAUUUCAUUGAACAUACAAGUGAUAUUGGUUGGAAGGAGUUUCAAAGGGCUAAACCUGUUAUUAUAGAUCCUGGGCUUUAUAGUUUACAGAAAUCAGAUGUUUUCUGGGUUUCAGAGAAAAGAAGUGUCCCAACAGCAUACAAGCUCUUCACUGGUUCGGCUUGGAUGAUGCUGUCGCGUCCCUUCAUCGAGUAUUGUAUAUGGGGUUGGGAUAAUCUACCUAGAAUAGUCCUAAUGUACUACGCAAACUUCCUUUCUUCUCCAGAAGGAUACUUCCACACAGUCAUCUGCAAUGCAGAAGAGUUCAAGAACACAACUGUAAACCACGACCUUCAUUUCAUUUCGUGGGAUAAUCCACCGAAACAGCACCCACAUUUUCUUACCCUAGAUGAUUAUGAGAGAAUGGUAGAGAGUAAUGCACCUUUUGCUAGGAAGUUUGGUCAGGAUCAUGAGGCGAUCCUAGAUAGGAUCGAUUCAGAGCUGUUGGGUCGUUCGAAAGAUGGGUUUGUACCUGGUAGUUGGUUUGAUGGAGAUAAUGAUAAGGAAAGUGGGCCGAAUUAUGUUACUUCGAAUAUAACUGAAGUUAGACCUGGGAAAGGAGCGAAAAGAAUUGGUGAACUUAUUGGAGGUUUGUUGUCGGAUAAAGAUUUUAAAGUGAACCAUUGCAUAUAGAUCGAUGUUGAGAUAGUGUAAUAAGCCUAGCUAGGAUCAAUUUGAUCAUCAAACUAGUUGUUGGUGAUGGGAACAAGAUUUUGGUAUUGAGUUGCCACGAUGAUCGAUCGAUGUAUAUCUUUUUCUUUCUCUUUUUUGCUUUCGAAACUUUGUUGUUUAAGCAAUUGAGAGGAAGGGAAUGAAUGGAUUAAACUCACUAAAUUUUAUCAUAAAUUGCGACAUGUUGCCAAGUU